UGUUUCAGUGAAGGUUUUCUGGAGAAUUUCGAGAAGGCAGAAUCUGACCUGAGUUUUCUCCACUGUGAAGACCUUUGACCUGCUGAUGAUAAUAGUGAUCCCUUUUUUUUUGCAUAGGUUUUUCCUUCUCUCUCUCUCUUGUUUCUUUAAUUUCCCUUCGUUGCACUUGAUUUCCUACCUUUUUUGUGGGGACCUUUUUUUUGUGUUUUCUGUAAUCCCCCUGUUUAGCCCAAAUCUGGGUGCGCCGCCCCGAGGUGAAGCGAGAAAGACACGAUUUAAAUUCGAAUUUUUUCAAUUUUUUUUUCGUCGCUUUUGAAUGGCGACCGGGGACUGGGACGAGCCGUCUCGGAAAGAAGUCGGCACUUCCAUGACGUUGGCCGACUCGCCGGGACGCCGUCGCGGGGUCUUGUCGUCGGCGGCGCGGAUGAGGCGUCCUCGCGUGGGACGCCAGAAGCGUGGCGUCGGCGCCGAUGGCGGGAAUGGAGGCGGUGACGUUGCCGCCGCCGCCGCCGCCGGGGAUGAGUCGUCUGAUGACGGGCGGAUGCGAGCUCGUGACUCGCUCGAGUUGUACCGGCGCCAUCAUUUGCACCAAGUGCGGGCCAGGAGUGCAGAGGGCGCUGGUGGUGCAAGGAGGAGGCGGAUACGCGUGGGACAUCUGCCGGAGGACGAUGGAAUCAAGGUUGCCCCUGUGGCUCCAGCCAAGGAUGUCUAUGACUACCCUGAAAGCAUGAAGUUUGACAACACAAUGGACCCCCCAAAACCCCGGGUCCUGAUUCAAAAGCACCCAAAACGUCCCCCAAGCAGGCACACUAAAGACCACUCAUCAAAGACUAAAGUGGACCCAGCCCCAGUCAUUGCCCCGCCCAUGUACAGCGCCAUCUUGUGCAACCGCGCCAGACAAGCAGCUGUGAAGCAAAAACUCAAAGAGCUGACUGAACUUCUUGAGGCCCCUGACUUGCCUCCCUUGAAGAUGGAUUCUUCCCACUUUGAGGACCUCAGGGGCCCCUUGGACAAUUGUUCCUCUUCAGAAAUGCACCACAGGAGAAGAAGAAUCUCUUUUUGCCUGGCCUCUGAUUCUGGGGAUGCAGGAGACACUGAAGAAAACAAGGUGCCUAAGCGCAGGAUUAAGCCCAGUCCUGAAAUGGUGGCCUCUGUCAACUUGCGCCCCCUGGCGACCAAGCCUUGCAAGGUGUCCAAGAACAUUGAGACCACUGCUGAUGCUUGGCACUUGACCCUCACUUGCACUGGGCAAAAUAAAAACCAGAAGACUCACUUCAGUCCUGCUGUGGCAAGACAUUUAGGCAAUGUUAGGCGCCAAGCUGUGGCCUAUCAAAACAAGAACUCUGGGAAGCAAGAAGUGAGGAAAGACACCUCUGAAAAGGAAGGAAAGGUCAAGAUCAGUAAAUCGCAUAGGGGGCGCCACAUGAAUCCUGUAUUUGUACCUCCUCCACAUGCUUUUCCUAACCCUUGGGAAUCUCACUUUGCUGCCAGGGCUCCAGGAUAUUAUUGUGACUGUUGGGACUGCAUCAACACCAGCAGCCUGGAAGCAGAGAGUCCAUCAGCAAGUCCCCUGUUCACCCUAUCCAUGAACCUGGUGGACAAAGCUGUGUCCAGGAUCCAGUUGACACUGAGCAAUGUCCUGAGGAAUGUCCCAGGGUUGUCUGUGCAGAGAUCCCUUGUGGCAGAAAUCCAACAAGUCUCUGAGCUGGCAGCACGAGCUGGUGCUGGAUCAGUGGCCUGCGAUGAGGAUCCCGCAAUAACUCGGUCUGAGAUCCCCGAGACUGCGGAAAUGUACCAAAUCCCUGGCACCAGAACAGAAUGGAAUAAAUUUAUAAGUUACGCAAAAAAUAUUUCGGCAAUCCUUGAAACCGAAGCGGAAAUCCCUGCUCCUCUGCUAGUGGAAGAAGGCAGUGACAUUGCUGUCGAAGAUGAUUCCAGCAGCAAAGAUCCCCGGGGAUCCCCACAAACUGGCUCCACUCUGCAGAACCCCCUUAGGAAGCAUGCAUUUGCAGAAGAGAAAUUUCCUGGGGCUCAUCAGGAGCCUGCAGUUGAUUAUAUUCAUGCAGUUACUGAUCACAGCUUGCAGUCUGAAGCACCUGUGACUGCUGAGAACACUGAUACAAGGACUAUCAUGAAGAGAGGGGAUCUGAUUGUUGACACUAGGUGCGCAAUCCUGUUUGUCAUUGAUUUAAUUUCUCGGGCCAUCCGGGAAUCGUGGGAAUUUGUGAUCUCCUCUUUGAUAAUGCGGUAUCCUCUUCGUUACUGUGGUGUGAGCGACGGCUGA